GCGACGGUGACGGCGGUAGUUCCAUCCGGUGCACGGACGGUUCGGUUCAGUUGGUUAUUUCACUCACGACCCGCAACAUCGCAGCACGGCCGCGAGGUUCCGCGCGCGCAUAUUGUAGGUACACACACACGUCGUCCUAUUGUAUGUUUUCCAAACGGCUCGCGGUAUAUAAUUUUCCGAAACGCGGUAUUAUUAUCAAUUAACAUCGAUCGCAUCGCGUGUCUUAUAAGUGGUCGGCAGAAUAAUAUUUGGAUAAGUGCGACGGUUUAGAUCCCCGUAUACUAUUCGGUUAUCGUCAUGGACGAGGCUCAAACGGUUGUUCCGUAGGUAACCGCUAACACGGACUUUGAUGUUCCACCAACACUACCACAACGGCAAGGGGUAAGUUAUUACGUCAAAUAAUAAUUAUCACUGUUAAUGUACGAUCGUCGCGAAAAUGUUCCGCCGAACGGUUUUCGGAGUUUAAUUAGCGAACAACAAACGUCCGUGGGUAAUAAUAAUUACGAUUUAAAGUCGACGACUCCUCGUGUCGCACCUACAAUAUGUAUUGAUAUUAUCAUAAAUUAUGUAUUAUUUACGCGGCACACGGUCGUGCAUAUUAUACGCACGUUGCCUACCACCUACUAAAAUACGAUAAUGCCUGCUGUUGUUUCACGCGCAUGUUUACGCAUUUAAUGUGUCGUACGUUAUUUUGAUGGUCUGAACGUGCGGCAGGAACAGGCCGCCGCAUGCUGCGGCCUGUUUGGGUUUGGAAAAUAUAUUUUGUGCUCGGAACACAUUUUCAAACGCAGGUUUCGACGUGUUUAUUGCGCGACACGGCGAUGGUAUGUCGUCUGUCUGAUUCGUUUUUUUUUUUUCUGUUUGUCAACGCGUUCGUUUUUUAAACAAUAUAGGUAGAGGUAGGACGUUUUUCGCGUCGCGUAUGUUUGCAAUUCGCUUAUAUCAGCUAUAUAUUGUAAUAUUACCGUAUAGCUUACCCAAUAUUUGGUUAACGUACGUUAUUAUAAUAAUAACAAUACUAUAUAGUGUCGUUUUUUUUUUUUUUUUGCAUCGAUUAAAUGUUGUAUUUAUUUUGGCGCCUUGAUAUCGUUAUUUAUAUAGGUACGCAAUGUGCACGUACAGUGGCGGUCGAAUGGUUUUUUUCACGGUGAUUGGGGAGGGGAUGACAAAUAGGAGCAACUAGGGGGGUGUCAGAGGGUCUUUAGCACCCCCGAAACUACCCGAUAAGUCGUUUUAUAGUAUAGACUAAAUAUGUUAUCCGUGCAAUUUAUAAUUAAUAAUAAGCAGACCAAAAUACGCGUGUGAAAAAUAAAGUCAGAAAAGUUUUGUUAUGUUUUUACCUAAAAAAAUUGCAAGUAAAAUAUGUUGUCACUAAUUGUAAGUGUCGUGUAAAGUGAACUGUGGGGGUAUUGUCUCUAUAUAUGAUGGGUCUGUGGUGUGUCUAUAAUUUUAGCACCCUCAAUAUCUAGUUGCGUCCAUAGGAAUAAGACCAAUUGUUUAACGUUUUUCGAUAAAUUUAUAUAGAUAACAUAUUAUAAAAUAUUAAAAGGAAAAAAAUAUCACGGAGAGAAGGUAUCCUUACCCCUCGUUUGAUCGCCCCUCCCUUGUACGUAUCAUCCGCAAUCAGUGCUGGUUAAAUUCGGCAAAUUCGUGAAGUUCAUAAUAAUCAUCGAUGCCGCUAUAGUAUUUAGUAUUUACAGACAUUUGGAGAAAAAAAACGCGUUUUCCCAAGAUUUUGACGUAAUGAAAGUAUCUAUAUUAUACGGGAAAGUAAAAAAUAUAAUAUAAACGUAUUGUCAUAAAAAAAUUAUUAAUAGGUUGAUUACUUGAAAAACGUACGGUGUUUUAAAUUAAUUAAUUUACAUUCACUAUAGAUAUACUUACCUAAUUGUCUAUAUACGGAGCUAAUGAAGCUAAUAAGCGUUAAUGAAAUCGUUAUUUUUUUUCGUUUAUAAUAUUAAGUACAUCAGUAUAUAAUAAUAUAACGGGUACAUCGCAAUCGCGUAAUAUUUUUAAAUUAAUAUGCAUUAAAUAAUAAUUAGUCGUUAUCAUCGUUAAAGGAUAGAAACCAUUCGUUUUUCUCUAGAUAAUAAUAUUAAUAAUGUGAUUUGUGUUUUUUUUUUUUCUGUAAAGAUUUAACCGCUUGUACACUCGCCAUUCGUAAUAUGUUAACGUAGUCUAAAUGUUGAUACCGAUUUCACGGAAUGAAAAAAAAAUUUUAAUGGUCUGUAUGUUUCAAUUGGUUUGAACUAGUUUAUUGCGUAAUUUUACAUCGGAAUAAUAUAAUAUUAUAAUGCAAUUUUCUGAUUUUUCGCAGUUUCCGUUGAAUUUAUCUUAUUAUAAAUAUUAUAAUUAGGUAAUAGGUAAUGUUAUUAUUUGCGCUGGUCCAAUUCGCAAGGCUAGUGGGACCCAAGUUUAUCAGUUUUUUUUAGAAAUUUUAAUAUUAUUGGUAUCUGUGUAUAAUUAUUCGUUAACCGUUUUAAUAAUAUCAAAUAUAAUAAUAUAUAAUAUAUUGACUUCCCAUAUUAAGUGUAAUAUUUAAUGCACUAAUGCAAUUAUAAAACUACGUCUUAUUAGUUCAAAAUUGAAUCCAUGAAUAAAUUACAUACCUAAUGGUUUUACGGUAAAUAGUAUGAUAUUAUGUUGCAGAUAUUAUAUUACAUUGUGUAUAAUAUGAUCGACUACAUUGUACAAUAAUUAGGUACCUAUACGGCUAUACCGUUUUCAUUUUUUCCGGUGAACGUAUGCAAACAAUUUUGAUUUAUUCGUAGGUAAUACUCUUUUUUAAUAUAUAAUUUUAAUACAAUAUGUAUCUAUACCUUUUAGGGCAUUUUUUAAUGUUUCCCGUGUCCAAAUGGACACAUAGUAAAGAAUAAGAGUUUGCUUAUUGUAUAUGUCCACUAGAAAAUAAAUGGUAAAUGGAUUGAAUGUAAAUGGAUUGCAUACUUUGUAACGAUAUAAAAUAUUUUAUGUUUGAUAUGUUGAAAAUAUUUUCACUGAUGAGGGGAGGGGUAACUGGGGAAACUCCAUAAGUUAAGAGAAAGGUCUGCUCGUGAAGUUUAUUUUAGGAAGGAUAGUGAAUACGCAGUGGGCAUUUAUUAAAAAAAUACCCUGAUACCACUUUCCAGCCGCCACCGAUUAUAUAUAAUAAAUUAUACAAAUGUUUAAUACAAAAAUGGAAACGAGAAAAAAAUGUUAAAAUAUGCGCAAAUAGGAACGCACUAUUAACAUAUUAAUAUAUUAUAGGCGAUAAUGUUUAUACAAUUUUAGUUUUAUUUUUCGUUGGCAUAGGUCAUAGUAAUAAAAUCAUAUAAUCAAUAGAUCUGUAAAUUUUUAAAUAUAUUAAGUGUUAGAAUAUAAAUUACCUUCUUACCUUAUUGUUCAAGAAAUGUAAUUAAUUCCUACGUAACGGUAACGUCUAGUGUUAAUUUGUUUUUUUUAAGUACCUACCUGGGUAUAUAGCAGUAAUAUAACUAAUAUUAUAAUAUCAGAAAAAAUAAAAAAUAAAUUAAGCUAGUUUGUGUUAUCAUUUUCCGUUGCUAAUGGUUACCAUAUUAUAGUCGAGUUGUGCUUUUAAUGACGUCAUAUUAUCCAAGUACGAGGUUAGGAAGGUAGAAAAUUUGUGAACAGCAUUUAAUAUUGAUUUAGUUUUCAUAUAUAACUCCAAUGGUGGAUUAAGUAAUUUGCCGUCUACAACACCCCCUUGUCUGCUUGUAGGUAAACUAUAUAUAAUCGGAUAAUCAGAAUCGUUUUUAAAACGUAUUUCAUUAAAAUUUCCCAAUUUUAUAUUAUGAAAAUGUUGUCGUUUUGACUAGAUUGGCAUUUUUUUUAUUAUUUACAUUUGAGUUUUAUUCAGUGCAUUGACAUUUUUUAAUAUUACUAUCGUUAUAUAGGUACAAUAAAUCUCCACGAAUGGUUCAGGUAUACGUAGGUAGGUACUUUUUUUUUUGUGAAUGUAUUGCGGUGCUACGAGGAGGUGCUUCGCCCUUGCAAGCAGUCCUUCCCUUCGUAUCCGCAUCGCAUCGUUUAUUAAGAAAAAAAACAAUUUUUUAAAAUUGGUUUAUAACAGAUGAAGGGCUCUGUCCCUCUUUGUUUCGGCUUCGGCGCACAUUAUACUUAACGCCCAAUGUUUUGUCUUUCGCGUAGGUAGUUACUAUAUUUUUACAUAAAAUAAUAUCAAAAAAAUAUAUUUUCAACACGACCAUAGUUUUUAAAAUAUUAAGUUAAGCAAAAAAAUAACCCACAUGUGCAAAGUUUUCAAUAAUAUUAUAAUAAUAGUUGUAAAUGCCUGCGCAUAUUGCAGUAUACGGUACAUUUAAUUUUUAGUAUAGGUAUUUUAAUUAGAUAUAACCGAUAUAAAAACAUCGCCUACUUUAUGACAUGUAUUAUUUUGUUUUACAAAUUGUUCAUACUUUUGAAAAAUAUUAAUUUAUUCAUAAUGCGAGAUAAUACAGAAGUCAAAACUAUUUUCUCACUGCUCUAUUGUUUGGUAGAUGAUACCUAAUAAUACGAAGUUGAUAAUUACCGUAUUUUUUUUUUUACUUUUUAUUGUCUUAUUAAAAAAAGUAAUAAUGUCGCCUAACUGUAAUAAUUGACUAACCCUAAUUGUAUGUAGCUGCGGCCUACCUACCUAUUUAGUUAUCGAUUAUCGUAUGUAAAACUAAUCACAAAGCAAUUGCAUGUAAGUAUACUCGUUCUUACUACCUAUACAUAUAAUGCGCGUAGACCUGUGGCGUGCCCAGGAAUUUAAAUUAGAGGGGAUAUAGUAAAUAAUAAUCAUGAUUCAUGAAUAAAUCGUAGAUUUUUAUAUUGUGUGAUACCUAACCCGAUAAUGAGGAUUUAAAAGGCGGAUCCAAAAAAGCCAAUUUUUAUUCAAUAAAUUAAACUAUUCAUUUCGGUUAACUUGGCCGAAAUAUUUAUAUUUUCGGGAUAAGAGGAGGGAUAGGGAGUGAAGGGAUAGUAUAAGACCAUUUUUCUCCACGUUGUGUAUAUAGUCCAUGAAUAUUUUUUGUUUUUAUCAUAUUUAAUAAUCAAAAACAUUGGUGUAAAAGCUAGAAAACUUAAUUUAGUUAAAACACAUAAAACAAAUCGCGAUUUAAUAGAGAAAAAAAACAUUAUUCUGACCUAACCGUUAAUAUUAUUUCCGUUUCAAUUAGCUCCCAAACACAGAUGUACCUAUUAAGUCGGCUCUCUGUAAGAUUAUUUAUUGGCUAUUGAAUUCAAGGUAGUUACUCAACCAAAGGACUUUUAAAUUAAAUCUUGCUUUUGUUACAAACAAAAUUGUCAUUUAUUUUGAAAAGUUAAAAAUAAUAAACAAUUCGUUUGAAAAAAAAAAAAAAAUUGAAUGCGGGGUUGGAUUUAACUACCGUCACCCUUCGAUAUAGUAUCGAAUAAAUUGGCAUUUAUUUUGUAAGUAGGUACCUACCAACAUUAGUUACCGAAAAUCCAGGUUUAAACAUUGUUCGAAACGAUUGGAAUGUCUGAGAAAAAAAUUGUACAAAUAAUAAUUACAUAGUUGGUCGGUAGGUAGGUAUAGUGCAUUUGGUAUGAAAUGAUUUCUACAAUAUUCUGUGCAUGCGGUGCCGAACGUAUACUUACAGAAGACAUUACGGACAAAAUGGGAAGUAAACCGUUAUUAUAUUAUUGUCAGUCUCUAACGAUUCAUGACUUAUGAUCCCAUAGGUUUACCGUGUGAAAUCUAAAGAACAAUGAUAAUGUGUAUAUUAUAGGAUCUUGACCUACCUGGAAGUUACAAAGACCACCUUCGCUACCUACAUUAUUUUUUUGCAUCGAAAUAGUUUGUAAAGAAAAUAAACAGAGCAAAAAACCAUAUGUAACCUUAUGUUACCUUAAAAAAAAAAAAAAAAUGAAAAUACAAUUCCAUAAUAAUGAUGAAAUAUUUUUAUUUUUUUUUGUAGCGAUGCAACUAUUAUACAACAUUGUAUUAGUAUAAGAUAUAAUGAUAAUAUAAUAUAUAUUUUUUAGCUACCCGCAGUGUAUAAAAUAUAUUUUAGAAAAUCUGUAUUAAAGGUAUCAAACAAGAAUUCAAAACGAUUUUUUUGAAAAAUUAUAUUAUGUUAUAGAUUCUAUCACGUGUUAAAUAUAAAUGUCUCGAGAGUGACACGUUAUUUUAUAUAGGUAUUCGCCUAUUUAGAACAUUUAACUGCUUAUUUUUUUAUUAGAUAAUAAGUAUUUUAAUUAAUACAACUUAAUUAUUCAAUUGAUUCUUUAGUUUUUAAUUCGUUAAAAUUUAAAAUAAAAAAAAAAUAAUAAGAUUACUCCGAGACAUUCAAAAUAUAAUAGAACACCUACGUGUAAUAUUGACUCUAUUGUCUAAAAAAAAAAAAUAUUAUUUUUUAUGUAUUUUUAUCAAUAAUGGUCGUUGUCUAUUACGCAACAUGAGUAAUACAAUUUUAUCGCACUUAAUCGCUGAUUUAUAUGAAAUUAUUACAUUUGCACAUUUUCUUUAAAGUCAUGUAAGAAGGACAAUUGGAACACUGAUAUUUAUAUGUACUUCUGGAUAUUUUUUUAAGAUUUUCGUUAACAAUCUUUACGGAUUAUACUAACAAGAAGUAAUUUACAUAUUUUAUCGUUAUUUCAUUUUUUGCAUUUAUAAUAUGUGUACACGUGCUUUUUUGGAUUAUAUAAUCAUAAUUGAAUAUUAAUAAAUACACACCAUACAUUUUAUUGGAUAUUUCAAUGGAAAUUAUGCGUUACUACCACGAACAAAAUUGUCUCAACACCUUAACAAGAAAUUGUUUAGUGAUUAUUCACUAUAUUCCAACUCCUCCCCUUAAACAAGUUUCACAAGAAGAUAUAUCAAACCUUCCCUUAACUUCUGGACUAUUCCACACUACUACUCUCGGUAAUGGGCCACCAAUGAGAGUAUUUCCCAUGUAUAAUAUAAAAUGCUGUCACUAAAUUUACUAAUCCAAUCAUUUAUCAUUUAUUUUCUAAUGGAUACACAGUAAGAAAAAUCUUACUAUACAUAUACUGGGUGUCCAAUGGUAAUUCAUCCGUAUAUUAUGUACAUUUGAACACGGAAAAUCUCCCUAAAAAUUAUCCUGUCUGGAGCGUCAAUGAUCCAGCAAAAUUGCAGGCGAUAUUUCUUAAAAAAUAAUAAAUUACCAUUUAAUAAUAAUAAAGCAUAUUAUUCAUCGUACGAUACACAAUAUUUGUAAUUUUUUAUUUUACUGCAUAGUUUUAUUAUUUUUACUGUAUAUUUUAAUAAUUAUUAGUGCAUAGGUAUAAUACAAAUCCGUGUUCUAGUCAUGGCAUUAUAAAUUAUGUGGUCGCAUUUGUUGUCGGUCGGUCUUAAAGUCCUAAUAAAUUCGUUGCAUCUGCAGCAGAUGUUAUAUAUUUUUCUAAUAAAUAAUAAUUUAUUCAAUCUUGUUAUUUACCAAACCCAAAAAUACUUCGCUUUUAGGAUAAUAAAUAUUAACUAGGUUGCAACAAUAUAAUAUAUAGGUCUCAGACCUAAAUGUCCGUAUUUGUAUUUUUUUUUUUAAAUAUUAUUGGUUAUAUUCGUAUAAUUAUUUAUUCCCGUAUAGUUUUCAUUUACAAUAUAUGCGAUUUUUAUUAUUAUUAUUUUUUUUAAACCGUAAUAAUUUAUUGUAAAAAAAAAAACAAUAAUAAUACAAUUUUACUGUUGUUUUAACGUGCCUGUCAUUUUCAAUUCUCACGUUCGGCACCGUAAAUCGUCGUUUUUUCUCUUUUAUAAAAUGUUUUUUUUUUUUUUGGGGGGCUUGCAUUUGUAUAGGUAGGUAUAUAUUAUUAUAUUUUCUCCGAGAUAUUUAUUUAUUCCCAACCUUCCGGCAGUGUAUAUAUAUAUAUAUAUAUAUAUAUAUAUAUAUAUCUAUAUAUAUGUAUACAUAAUAUAUGUCGUUAAAUAUUUACAAGCACCGGGCGAUCGUAUUCGGAUGUUCGACGUUAAAAUAUAACUGUCCGAUAAAAAAAAAUAUUCGAACGGCACUUAAUAAAAAAACACGUCUCGGGGGUUUUAUUUGUAUUUUAUUUAUCUUUUCGUUUAUUUAAUUUGCGCGGCGGACACACGGUUAAAAGUCAAAACGUGUUCGGCGCUUAAUGAAUAUCUCCUAAACAACAAUUUAAAUAUAUAUAAAAAAAAAAAAAAACAACAGCUAUCCACCGUAUGGUAUAAACCAUAUAGUCGUAUCUGGUAGGUAUAUAUUAUUAUACAUAUAUAUAUAUAUAAAUACAUACGUACACACGUGUGUGUGUGUGUGUAUGUAUUGGCUCGUAAAUGUAUUAUUUAUGCAAAUCUCGACGUCUUCUGGACAUUGCCCGUGAACACGGCACAAGACCGCGGCAUUAUAUUUUAUUACGGCGCGCGUACAGAAUACGAUCGUGGGCAUAAUAUUAUUAUAAUAUACCGUAUAAAUAUAUAUAUACACGUACCUGAGUAAGUAUAAUACCCAAGUAUACUACGGAUAUGUAUAUAUUAUAAUAUUGUAGUGAUGUUUUCGUUCGGACGACGAUCACACGCCCACGUGAAAAAUUCCAUAUUUACUCGCGGUCAUUAUUCCGGUCGACACAUGUUUUAUGACUAUAUAUAUAUGUGUGUGUGUGUGUGUGCGUGUGUGUAUAUAUAUAGGUUUAGGCCGGAGGUAUAUAUAAGUACGCGCGCGUGUAUUUGCUUUAUUGUAAUAUUAUUAUUACGAUGCUGGCCGGCAACGGAUUUAACGACCCAUUGAAAAAUUGAGAAAAAAAAAUAAUAAUAAUAAUCAUAAACCCGACAAUAGGUGUUUUUUUUUUUUUUUUUUUCCCUAUGACGUUUCAUUCAUGUCGAUCACGACGCGUGGAUGCGAUGUGAUGGCCACGCGCGCCGGUCAUCAAAACGAAAAUUUCCAGCGGCCGCGGCGCCGCCGUGUUACCGUUUUAAUAGACGAUAAGUAGUUUUCGUUUUUUCGCGUUCACGCCGUUUUUUUUUUUUCUGUUUCUAUCCUCGGGCCGGCGAAUUAUCAGAAGAUUUCGAACUGAUUCGAUUUCGUUCGUUCUAUUGUAGAUUAUUUCAGUGGCGAAGGCAGAAAUUUUUUUUUUUUUUUGGGGGGGGAUGAAGGGUGUUUUUAUUUCACGUACAUAUUCAAUUGUGCAACUUUAUUUUAUGAAUACGGCGUGUAGCACGCGUAACACAAUAUACUUAACAGUUAUCUAUGCGUAACACAUCUUAUAGAAAUCUGAUGCGUAAUUGCGUGUUGUAAAAAUUAUAAUUAUUGGCAUAGAUAUGGCCAAUGGGAGGGGGGGUAUUUGAACACCUAAACACCCGCCUCUGUUCGCUACGUCACUAGAUUAUAUUAGAACAUAUUUUAACAGCCGGUCCGUUUAAUGUUUCCGUCGUUUAUGUACAAUUUUUUUCCCCGUCAAAAAGUUUAAAUAAUUAGAUAAAAACAUAAUGUUAUAUUAUCCGUAUUGUGUACGAUUUCGUACUAGGUAUAUUAUUAUAAUUUCACGGGGGGGGGGGACAACCGAAAUCAAAUUUACUCGUAGAGAUUACAUCGCUUAUUACGAUUCACGCGAUCAAAUAUAAUCACCCUGUAUAUUUGUAUGCCUACCGAAAAUCUUGAGAGUCGCUGAACCCGCGCGACAAAUCUAUGCGUCACAUAAUAAUAUUAUUGUACACAAUGCAUGUGAACGUCGUAAACGUCACGUCCGAUUAUUAUUAUCAUAUAGGUAUACAGCAUAUCUAUGUGUAUCUAGUAUAGUAUAGUAGCUAUUAUAUAGUUAUAAGAUGCAAUUAAUUACACGCUAUAUUUCGUACGCGUUUAGUUAUUAUUAUUAUAUAUUUUUCAAGAGAAUAAAAUCGCGUACAGAGUGUUUCUGACACGAACGGGGAAACCGUAGUCGUUCAGCAAAAUAAUAAGUAUACUGUAAAGGGAUGGCAACUUUAUUUUUAUAUGAGCUUCGAUGUAUCGGCGUGUCUCUUUCAAACUGUCGGUAUGUUGAGAAUAUCGAAAGUUUAAAUAAAAAUCGAUGUCAAAAACGUCGAUGUAUUUGGGAGAAUAUCGAUUAUUUGAAAUAUAUAGAGGAAAUAAUUACCCUUUGCCACGGGUACAUUAAACAGACAUUCAAUGCCCAUUAUCCAACACUCAAACUCUAAAUAUAAUAUAUAUAGACCAUCCGGCCUCCAACCUCCAGGAAUAAUAAUUUGUCCAAUUGUGUAUUAUGUAAGAUUACGUGGAACAUCGAAGAUAAGCAAAUAUCGAAAUUAAAAUAUCGGUAAAGCUUUAACAUCACUGCAAAAUAUCGAAACUAAAUCAUUGAUUAUUUUGGCUUCGAACAUCGGUGUUUCAAAAGUAAUGAUGUUUUAUUGUCAUCCCUAAUUGUAGGAAGUGUUUUAAUGCCUUUUUUUUUUUUUCAAUUUUUUCCAUCUCAAAAACCAGCGUUUCGUCGAUUAGUUUUUAAGAAAUUGUUUCGAUUGCAAAAAAAAAUAAAAAAUUCACAUUAUAUUUCUUACGAAAUUUUGCUGCAAAACUUUGUUUUUGAAUUUUUUUUAACAUUCGGAUCGUCCGAAUAAAAAAACAAAUCGGCGUUCUUUAUAUAAUGUAGAUUUGUAUUGGGACUGCACAAAAAAAAAAAUGCCUAUUAAACCUAUUUAUUGUCAUUAACCGUAAUCGAUAAAUUAACACGGUGUUUACAUUGUAUAAAAUAAACAAAACCAGAUAAAUAAUAUUUAAAAAAUCAAUUUUAUUUCCCAAAAACUCGUUUCAUAUACAACCGAAAACGCGGCAAUUAAAUAUGGAAACGACGUCGCGGUAUAAAUUGUUUCGUAUAGAAGAACUGCAGAAAUAUCAUUAGAAUAUUUAAUUCGUACGUUUAAGUGAAAUGAUUUUGGAAAUUAAUAGAAAAAAAAAAAAAUCCUAUACAAAUAUAAAAAAAACUUCAUUCGACUAUCCCACGUGAUGAGUAAGCGUUUAUUACACACUCGUAAUAUAGACUCCUAAUUUAUUACAAUAUCACCCUGUAUAUUAUGACGGGUCUGUUUGAGUGCUCAGGUCGUAUUUUUUUUUUUUUAUUAUUAUUUACUCAGGACCGUGUUUAUUUAUUUUUCAGGUGAGAGAUCGUGUGUAUAUACGAAAUCCGUCGUAAAGCGACACUGCCAGCGACUGCGUCGUUAUAUUAUUACGACAAUAAUAAUACUGUAGCGUGCGACUCGCACUGUAAUACACCGUAAUACAUAAUUAUAAUAAUGGAAAAUCCGGCUUACAACCCGGAGGAGGGCCAGCGGAUGGCCAACGAGUGUUUGGCCGCAAGGUUAUUGUCCGGGAAAGACAACACGGGCGGCGGAGGCGGCGGCGUCGGUGGUGGCGGCGGCGGUACCGGUAUCGGCGGUACCGCGGUGUCCACGAUCUACGACCCACGCGCCUAUGGCACCACUACCACCACGGCAGCGUCGACGCCCACGCCGGCUACAUUCCAACCGACCCGGCCGCAACCCGGCAAGAGGUGUACCUGCUGGCAGCCGCCCUCGGACAUACCGCAUUUGCAUAAGUGCAAUUCGCCGCCCAGGACCAUGUGCCACACCAACAUGUUCGUACUGUACACGUUCCUGUUCUUCACGGCGCUCAUUUGCCUGACCACCAGCGUACUGCUUUACAUCAUCCGGAUACAAGGUGAGCACACACACACACACACACACACACACAAUAUUUUUAUACACGCGGUACAUACACGUGCAGCACAUCUCGAGCGUUUAUACAGGGGGGCACGUGUGCGAGGGCGCGCUAUUUAUAAGCAUAAUAAAUUUCCCGGAGAAACAUUAUAUAAUAUUAUACGAUGAUAGUCGUAUCACGGUGAUGUUAUAUACGUCGUGUGGCAAUCGUUUAGUUUUCAAAAGGAACGUUUGGUUUUUUUCUCUCCUCGCUUCGCCGAAUUUUCGGUCCGAGGAAAAAACGUAAGUAUUUUAACCAGCUGGUCGGGAUUUCUUUUCGAAGAACACCGCGGAGCUGCACGUGUACGCGUCACAAACGGCGGGGGCGUAGGAGAGUGUUCUCGCCCGGUGAUGGUCACUUCCCGCGCCCACCCGUGCGACGCCCUUAUGAUAUGAUAGUAACAAUUUAAUACACGCGUUUGUUUAUAAUACCGGCGCAGUGUACGCGUAUCCGUCGUCGUAUUACAAUAUAAUGUGCUAUGUAUUAAUAAUAAUAUUGUGCAUCGUUGGAACACGUGAAUGCGCAAUGUGCGCAGUGUAUUAUAAUAACAAUAAUAAUAAUAAUAAUUCGAUUUGGACACAACAAUAGUGAAUAGAAGGUAAUAGAACGCACGCAUAACGCACCACGCACUUCGUAUAAUAGACGUGCCCGCCUUAUAUUAUUAUUAUUGUAUACCUGCGCAGAUCGAUCAGAUUAGACAUGAUAGGCACUCGUCGAGAUCGAACGCGAUACCGAAUAAUAUUGAUAGAUUAUCGUAAAAUACAUUUCGUGCGUAGGACGCGCUCGCGCUUGUUAUUAUUAUGUACAGGAUGGUUCGAUUUUUUUUUUUUUAUUGUGAUCCAUAUUUUUAUCAACAAAGAUUUCGAGUAAAAUUGAUUCCGGGAUUUUUUUUUUUUUCCGGUCGUUAAAGAAUCGUUUAACGGUCGCGUUUACCCGAUUUUCAAACGUUUCACCAUUAUUUCGUACACCGUAAACUCAUACGCGACUUCGAAUUUUCGAAACCUUUCCGUUUCAUAUCUGCAGAUCCGAAAGAGCGAAUAAUUUUCAUAUGCGUAUAAUCACUAUAAUAAAGAGUUGUACGAUAUGUUGGAACUAGCACCAGUAACAAGUUUUAUUGUGGGGCAAAGAAUACAAUAGUUAGGUCACAGAAUUAAAAAGAGGAGAUAACGAAACAGAGAAGCUUUGGAAUGUAAAUCACAAGGAAUGAGACUUAAAGGAAGACCUAUUAAAAGAUGGAUCGACGUGGUGGAGGAUUAAAAAAACCUAGGAAUUUAGGACUGGAGAGAGGCAGCUCAAGACAGAGACAGAUGAUGUAGCGUAGUAAUGGUGGCAAAAACUCUUAAAGAGGUAGGUAUGCCAGAAGAAGAAAUAUAAACACUAUGGAAUAGGUUUUACAAUUUGUGCGUUAUAGUUUAGAACAUUUUAAAAUUUAGACCGUUAGGGAUAGGACCCACCCCUACUCUUCCGCGGUUAAUAGGUACGUCUUAAAUACAGUUGGUAAAUAUGAUAUUAGUGUUAUGCUUAUCAACAAGUAUUGGAAAAAUGUUUUUUUUUUCAAAGCUAUGUUUAAAAAAGAGGAGAGGCGGGGGAUUGUCGUUUGAAAAGUCAAAAGUCAAUACUCGUUCAAAAAAAGAGUAAUAUCAUGGAAAUUUGAAAUCAGUAUUAGAAUAAAGCCUAUAAAUAAACAAUAGUCGAUAGUUUAAUGAUUGAAAAAUCACCUCUAAUAUAGCCUGCAUUCGGUACGUGAAGAUAACAUAUAUAGGUAUACCAAGUGAUGCCGUGAUUUCAAUUGUAGAAUAAUAUUAUUAUAACUCUAUCGAUGGAAAUAAAUUGCCCAUAAAACUACGGGUCUUCGGUGGUUUUUUUUUUUUAAUUUAAUUUUUUUUUUUUUUUAUUAUUAUUAUUAUUUAUUAACCGCUCGCGGAACGCUCAGUUUUACAGUAUUCUAUAGAGAUAUUAUUAUUAUUAUUAUUAAUAUACAAGCCUCUCUUUGAACGUGUAUACUGGCCCCGGAGGCUGCGGCACGUAUAGAUAUUAAUUUUCGAUGAGCACGUACACGCUAUACAAUAUUAUAAUAUAUACGUAUGCGCCGAAAAACCAAUAGUAACAUAAUCGUAUACGGUAUUCCGCUGGUACUACAAUAAUUAUUAAUAGGGAUAUCAUCAUCGUUCAUAAAAAAAAAUAAUAAUAUGAUGAUGAUGAUGAACUCUUCGAAACCUAUAUGACGCGAAAGUUAGUAUAGGUAGUAUCCAUCUAUGUAGGUAGGUACGUUGAUUAAAAUCGAAAAAAAAAAAAUCAAAAUAUCGUCAAUAUAUUUUUAUUAUCGAACGAUGUUACCUCACCACAGUUGCUUAACCACAGUUAAUACCGAAAUCGAUAAAAUAUAUAUUUUUUUUCUUUUUUUUUUUUCUAAAGCCGACAUAAUUCGCAUCACCAUGGGGGGCAACUGUUUUUGUGUGUGGGAAGUUGGUAAAAUUAUAAUAUGAUAUUAUAUAGUAGCCGUAGUUUUAUAAUUAACGUCUGCAAUGCGCAACGAUAAACGAUUCUGAGCAAAGUUCGAUUAAACACAUUUCGAUAAAUUCGUAUUAAAAUAUCUAUUCAAAUUUGUUAUCUUCUAUACAAAAUUAAUGACUAUUUUCCGUGUUUUUAACGAAUUUAUAAACAUAAAUAUUCAAACUUGAGACGCUGAUCAAAAUAAAUUACAAUGUUAUUUUUGUUAAAAAAUAAAAUACAAUUUCAGCAUAUUUUGAAAAUUAUACUACAUUUAUAAAGUUUUAUAAUACAAUACUGUGGAAAUGUCAAGCCCCCGUACAAUUAUUAUUCUUUACCGAAUUCGGCACUACGAAAAAACAUAAUCGAAAUUUACCGAAACCGAAAGUGCGUACAUGACAUACAUGAACAAUAAAAAAAUGAUCUUCCCAAUGCGUCAAUUAGACACAAUUUGUCUACCUAAAACAACCCCUGAAAAGUUUAUCGUAACGAGAUUUCUGGUCGGAAACUUGUGUAUAUACGAAAAAAAAAUGUACGCAUAUAGUAAAACUAAAGGGCAUAAUAUUUCGAUACGCUGCACAGAAUUAAAAAUAUAUUAUUAAUUUGUACUUUUAUGUUAUUAUUACAGUUCCACACAAAGAAAAAUUCCCGUUAGUAGUGGAAGGAGAAUUUCAGAUUACGAAUAUUCCGUACACGAUAGGCUUUGUAAAUAGAAAUUCUUCAGAAUUUUUAGCUCUCAGCGCCAAUAUCACGAUUCAGGUAAAUAGCACCAAAAUAUAUUAAGUUUUAAUGUACAUUUUUUUUUUUUUAAAUAAAAUUAUUAUCAAGUUUAUACAUUGAGAGCAUGGUACACAUGCAUUUGUUGUUUCUGUCUUACAAACACAUAGUAUACACGUAGUAUUUGCGUUUUUUCAAAAAGUUUUAGCGAACUAAAAAAACGUUGAAAAAGUCGUUAUUAAUAAACGGUAAAUUGACUGUUAUGUCCGGAUAAAAUGGAAAAAACGCAACGUCUUGCCCUACGAAAUAUUGUUUUAUUUUGAUUUUAUAAUAAGUGUUUUUACUGUAAAACCAAAACUAAGCGAGUUCUGUGUAAUCUGCGUAUGAAUGUUUCAACUAUAUCGUGCGAUUGUAAGAUGGAAACAACAAAUAUAUGUGUACUGCCCUCUUAAAUUGUAUAAGCUAUUGUAUAUUUAAUUUAUGUGCGUCGUUUACAUAAUUAUAGUUGGACGACACGUUCAAAAACAGCGAAUUAUCGCCGUGGUACGACGGCUGCGAAGUGACCGACUUGAGUCCCGGUCAGGCGAAAGGUGUCCAAGUACAGUGCGAGAUCAAAUUCUCGCAGGAACCCGAGUCGGCGAUCGGCAUCGGACAGAUCGGUAUCGCGUUUCUCAAAACCCUUCGCAUACAACACGGACACACUUGGCUUGGCAACUAUAGCGUGGACGUACAGUCGAUCGGAUUCCAGAGUAAAUGCUUAUUUACUUACCUAUCAUUCUGUAUACGUAUAUUAUAUGGCGUAGGCAGUAGCGUGCCCAGAGGGAGAGGAGAUUAGAGGUUAUAUCCUCCCCAUUGGCUUAAAAAUAUAAUAAAAUAUGAGUAACCUUAUAUCGAAACCUAUACAUUUCGGCCGAAUUCCGAGAGAAAGCUUGAUGUAUUGAUUAGAAAUUGGCUUUUUUUUAGGAUCCGACUUUUAAAUUACCAAUUCCCAUAGUCGAGUUGGGUAGAGAAGACGAUUUUACUCUUUUUUCACGAUUUUUAUUUGUUACAUUCCCUCCCAUUGGAAAUUCUUAGGCACGUCACUGGGCAUAGCCAUCAUGUAGUCAAAUCGGACAUUUUACUAAAUACCUAUAGGCAAAAUAGUCAAAGAAUUUAAGUUGUAUGCGAUUUUACUAUUCUCUAAGGCGUUUAACUAAAUGCCUAUUUCAAGUCGAGCGAAUAAUACAAAUGAAAGGUUUAUAAUAUAUUAUUUUGAAAAUUAAACUCUGUAAGCAUAGCUUGUAUAAUCUAUGUUUAAAAUUAGAAUAAUUUUGGUUUAAAAAAUAUACUUACGCAGUUAAAGUUUGUAACUGUAAUAUAGCUUUUUAUAUUAGUAAUAUACACGAAAUGAAAAAUAGUUCAUAUAUAACUACGUAUUUUACAUAAUUUUAAAUAGAAUAGCAAUAAAUAAAUAAAUAAAUAAUUAGAAAUGAUAGUUUAAUUUUUAAAAUAAUAUAAAAAUGUUUCAUUUGCCCGACUUGAAAUAGGCAUUUUGUUAAACGUCUAGACAUGCGAAUAGUAAAAUUGCAUGCAAAUUAAAUUCUUUGAUUAUGAGUAUUUGCUUAGACAUUUAGUAAAAUGUCUGAUUUGUCUGUAUGCCUAUGGCUUAUUUUAUGUAUUGCCAGUGGCGUAACCCCAAUUCAAAAUCCUGGCUACUGCCACUUGAAUACGAUUUCAAUUCUAAUAAUAUUGGCGUGUUCGAUAAAACAGUGAGUGGCGAAUUGGGAGUAUGGACAGAUUGGUCCGAGUGGAGCGGCUGCGAAGAUCCCGGAGACUACGUGGCCACGAGGACGAGAAAAUGUUUGACUCGCGACACCCGAGAACCGACCAGUGUGGACCGGUGUCUGCUCAUACCGGGUAACAAGAGCGACUUGGACCUGAUGCCCUGUCGGAUAUAUCUGUCACAAAACUCUGACCUCGACGAAUAUUUCACGGUUCCGCCUCCGAUAUCCACGUCCACCGCCAAAGAAGUAAUCGAACAGACUCCGGCCAACAAAGCUGCAGAAAAUGGUAACGAAAAAUACUACCGCAAAAAAUAUAAUACGAACUUACUAAUUAAAUGAUUUCAUACAAAUUUUUUUUAAUCUCUUGCAGUAGGCGUAGGUAAUGACUAAUAAUUAUUAUUGGAAAUCAAUAUUCAUGAUUCAUGUCGCGCAUAUUGACAAAAAAAAAAAAACGUAGGUGUUAAUUUUUAAAAAAACAAUUUUAUUUUUCAUCAUUUAAUUGCGUUUUACUAAAAUCCGUUUCAUUAUGUGUUUUGCCUCUAUUUAUUUUGUUCUGGUUACAUAAACCAAUAUAUUAUAAUAUUUAGUGUGUUCGUGUAUUUACAUUUUUUUCGUUUUUAAAAUAUUUAAGUCUAUUAUGUCAUAGGAUAUAAACGUGUAAUAAUUUAUACAGCGACAAAUUGAUUUAUUUAAUUUUUAAUUUUUCUGGGCCUUAUGUUAUUUCGCUCACUAAGUCUACAAUUGAAUUGAAUUUUAAAUAGAAUGUAAAUUUAUUUCGAUUUGUCUAUGGACAAUAAUGAAAAGUUUCUAUUAUUCUACCAAUUUUAUGAUUUCACUCUAAUUGACAUGUAAACUUUAGUAAUAAAUAAAAAAUUGUAUAUGAUUUCAGUUGAAGACAAUUGGAUUUGUGACGAAUGUAAGGAAGACGAAGUAUGUUUGGCUGAUCGCGACGAAGGAAUUCUGCAGUGUUUACCGAGUUUAGACACAAAAGAUUUAACCGGAUGCGGCGGUCGUUGUGGUAUAAACACUCAAUACUGUCAAAAUAUACACAGAAACGCGUAUACGUAAGUCAUUGUUUAACUUUUAGAAACAUAAUUGUUUCGACUAUGAAUGAUUUUAUAAUAAUAUGGAAAAACAGUACAUUUUUUGAAUUCCUACAUUCCAUCAGAAAUUCCAUUAAAAUUCGUUAUUCGGUAGUUGCUACUUAAUUACUAUUAUUAUAGAAAAUUAAUUGGAAUAUAAAAUACUAAAUUAAACUGGUUUUCGGGUUAAGAUGCAGAUGCUAUACGCGACUGUGAAUUCACUCAAAUGCAGUAGGUAGGUAAUCAUUUUCCAAACUGGUUUUUCGAAAUAGGCGUAUAACCGAUAUUAUUUCACGAGACAAUAGGUAGCCAAUAUUAAAUAAACAUUUUUUUUUUUAAAUUUUUUUUUCAAAUUUAUCUGCAGUUAUUUAUAAUAUUUUAUAAUAAUAUAGUUAUGGGCACAUGUACAUGUUUUAUAAAUAUGUUGUACCUACUUAGUUAUCCUGUAGGCCUAAAUCACAUUUAAAUAUUUUUCCAUUUACAAUUUAAUUCUAGUACAGUCGUACCUCUAAUGUUUAGAUAUUGUUUAUUUAUUUAAUAUUGAAAAUUCAAUUUGUCUAUUUUUUUUCAAGCCGUGUAAACUGGUUUAAAUGUCAUCUAUUGUUUGCUCCUUACUCGAUGCUAACUUCUAACCAUAAGGUUUUUUUCUUAUGUAAUUUGAUAGUUUUUAUUUUUUACUAAAUAAUAAAUCCAUGAUAUUUGAGUAACUACCUAUUUAAAUCUAUUUAUUACAUACUUGGAUUUUUGUGCUAAAAAUGAAAGGUGGACCUAUCUUAAAUAAUUUUGAAUUAUUUGUAAUAAUAAAUGAUUUAUUAUUUUAGUUGUGUGGAUACAUCAUCAUGUUCUAAAAACGAGUUUGAAUGUGGAAACCGUAUGUGUGUGUCAGAUAAGGCGAAAUGCAAUGGUAUCUAUGAUUGUUUAGAUCAGUCAGACGAGAGAGAUUGUCGUAAGUAUAAUACAUAAUAUUUUCAUAAUUAAAAAAAACUAUAAAUAUAAAUAUUAAUUAUUUACCAUAAUAAUACAUUUCAUAAUUUUAGCAUGUGAUCUUGAGACACAUUUCAAAUGCGGUACCCAGUGUUUACCUAAAACAAAAAUAUGUGAUGGCGUACCUGAUUGUUGGAAUGGCCACGACGAACUGAAUUGCACUCGUGAGUGAAUAUUUUAAGUUUUCACAAAUUAUUAAUCUCCACAGUUAUAAACAUUAAUUCAGCCACAAUAGAAAAAAAAUAUAUUAUACGAGCAAAAAAAAAAUUUAGAUUGUGAAGCCGGUAAAUUUGCUUGUAAUUCAAAUGAUCAGUGUGUAAGGUCCGAUCGUUUUUGUGAUGCAUACGCAGACUGUGCAGACAAGUCUGAUGAACCGUUAGGAUGUGAACGGCCUUGCAGAAGUAAUGAGAAAGCUUGCAGGUAGAUAUUGCAUCAACGGAAUGAUUUUCCACACAAGUUUCUUUGAUUUUUUUUGAGCACCUGAUUAUUUAUUUUAGAAUUUUCAAAUGAAUGCGCAGUUUUUUAGCAUGUACAAGUAUGAACUGUAAUCAUAUUACAGUUCGAAUUAGUUCAUUACUGCUAUUGAUUUGUAAUCCAUAUGUUUAGCUUAUGUUGUGAUUUUCUCAAGUCUAUAUAAUUACAAUAAUAUAUUUUCAUAUUUUAAAAUUUUAUAACACUAGUUAAAAUAAUAUUUUCAUAUCUAUUGUUUUAAUAUGCCUACAGUAGAAUGUUUAGCUAUUUAUAUAACAUAUUAAUUUAAAAAAUUAAAAAUUAAAUGUAUACAUAGUGUACUUAUGUUUUAUUUUAACUAUAUUUUGUUUUAAAACUUCUAAUAAUUGGUAUUAUAUUGUUUUGACUUUUGACUUGAAAGUAUAUUUUAACAAAAACGUUUUUAUUCAGUCUUACUUCUACAAGAAUAAGUUUGUAGUAGACUUUUGUAUAUGCUAUUAUAACAUUAUUUCUCUGAUCAGGGAAAUAUUAUGAGUGCUUGGCCACCUUUAAAUUAGUUAUUUAUUUUAAUUUUAGUACCUACCUACUAUCUACUUAGAGAAGUUAUUUUUAAUUCUGAAGGGUACUUUACAAAAUAAGGCUCAUAUUUAAUAAAAUCAUGUGACUCUCCAAAAUAAAUUCUAACUACACAAUUGAAAUAAAUGCAAUUAUUUGUAUUAUUGUAGAUAGAAACCCAUUACCAUGGAUAUCAUAAUUUUGCUUUUAAUUUUGUGCACGAUUUGUACGCAUGUUUGCAGAUACCUAACUUAUUAGUGUUGAAUGAGAAGAUAGUUAACUAACAUUAUUUUGAGUGCAAUAUGUAUUGUACAAUAUGUAAUCCAUCCUUUUUGAUUAUAUUGCCAAAUCAUAAACACCCUGCAGACUUAUCCCUGAAAAUACUUAACAACUCCCUUGCAUUAUUUAUUUAUAUAACUACAAAAAAGACUACCUACCUAUAUUCUGCACAAUGUAAAUCUUACCAAUAUAAAAUAGGUUUUUGUUUUAAUUUUGUAUACCUAUUCUACUAACUGUAAAAAUUAAUUGAUUUUUAAAAAAAUUAAAAUAUAACAAAAUUUUAUUAAGUAAAAAAAUACAAUUUUUUUUUUUAGAAAUGGCCGGUGUGUAAAAAUCAAUAAACUUUGUGAUGAAAUCGAAGACUGCGGAAAUGAAUUUAACAAUAAAACUAAUAAUUGUUAGUUAAUAAAAAAAUGAUGUAUAUUGAAAUGUUUUAUUAUAUAUUAUAUUGUAUUGUAUUUGUUGUAAUGUUAUAUGUUCUAUAUUAGUAUAUUUAUUAAAUAAUAAUAAAAAAAAAAUAUUUUAAAAAUGUGUGAAAUUAUUUUUUUUAAUCAACAUUAAUUUAUUAUAAUAUAUUACUUUACACACAUUAUUUUAAAAUUUAAAAUUGUAUUAAUAAUUUCAAUUUAAUCAUUAUUUUUAGUGUAAAUAUGUCAAAUAGGAAGUAUUUGUAUUAUGAAUGGAUAAUAUUGUGUUUGAAAAUAUUCAAUAUUUAAAAUGUAACAGCCUAACAAAUAAAAUAUUAUCUAAUCGUAUAAAAACUAUGACAAACAAUUAUUGUACCUACUAAAAGACUGUGAAUGUUAAAUGUAAAAAUACUGUUUAAUUUGUAAGAAAUGUAACUUUAUUUUCAAUUAUUUGAAUAAGUAUAUGC